GAGCAUCGCAGAAUGAAGCUGGUUACCGUCACCCUGAUGUUCCUGUGUUCACUCGCCUUCCUAGGCGCCGACACCGCACGGCUAGACGCAUCCUCGCAGUUCCGAAAGAAGUGGAAUAAAUGGGCGCUAAGUCAUGAGAAGAGGGAACUGCAAGCAUCCAGCAGCUACCCCACGGGGCUCGCUGAUGAGAAGACAGUCCCUACACAUACUCUUGAUCUGAUCCAGGACAAGCAGAGCACAUCUAGCACCCCACAAGCCAGUACUCAGAAUGUAGCCCACAUUCGAGUCAAACGUUACCGCCAGAGCAUGAACCAGGGCUCCCGCAGCGCCGGAUGCCGCUUUGGGACGUGUACAGUGCAGAAAUUGGCCCAUCAGAUCUACCAGUUCACAGACAAAGACAAGGACGGCGUCGCCCCCAGGAACAAGAUCAGCCCUCAAGGCUACGGCCGCCGGCGCCGGCGUUCCCUGCCAGAGGUCCUCCGGGCCCGGACUGUGGUGUCCUCCCAGGAGCAAACACACGCAGCCUCCCAGGCACAACCGAAUCAUCUCCAGGCUCUUUAGGAUUUAGGUGCGGUGGCAGCAUUGAACAGUCGGGCGAGUGUCCGUUGGCGCCUGCGGAAUCAGAGCUUCUCACCCAGGGCGGACUGAGACAAUCCUGCAGAGAUCUGCCUGGCUGCCCCUAGGGGAGGCAGAGGAAUCCAAGAUCAAGCCAGGCUCACGACAGAAACAUAAUUACAGGCAUCACCCUCCGGGCAGGGGUCUGAGCCACUGCCUUGCCCGCUCACAAACUGGUUUCUCACGGGGCAUAAGCCUCAUUACUACUUGAACUUUCCAAAACCUAGCGAGGAAACGUGCAAUGCUUGUACAGCCAAAGGUAACUAUCAUAUUUAAGUUUGUUGCUGUCAAGAGUUUUUUGUUUUUUGUUUUGUAAUUUCAAAUAUAUAGAGAUAUUUUUGUACGUUAUAUAUUGUAUUAAGGGCAUUUUAAAGUGAUUAUAUUGUCACCUUCCCCUAUUUUAAGACGUGAAUGUCUCAGCGAGGUGUAAGGUUUGGUUCCGUGUGUGUGUGUGUGUGUGUGUGUGUGUGUGUGUGUGUGUGUGUGUGUGUAAGGUGGAGAGCGCCUGAUUACCGCCUGUGGAAGAAGAAAAAACAUUGUGUCUCCGUAUCUAUUUACAUAAAAUAUGUGAUCUGAGAAAAAGCAAACCAAUAAACUGUCUCAAUGCUGA